CACGGGUUGGCUGGUAUGUUUGGGCAUUAUUUGGUUGUGCUAAGCUUAUCCAUACACAGGAAACCAACUAUCGAAACAAAAGUGAGGUUCUCAAAACUACAGUACAUAAAACUAUCAUAUCAGUGACCAGAUUUCCACUCGUGCUGAUUGGCUAAGUUGCACUCACAUUGUAAUAAGGCGUGGCCUGGAUGAAUCGAAUAGCUUCAGCCACAGAGUGCAAGUUCCUUUCAUUUCACAGUUCCAAUGAAGAUGGAGGAAGGCAGACCUACAAGUGAGUACAUCCCUUUGCUCGCAAGGGGCCCUAGCGAUCCAGUCCACAUGAUCCCAGCGCCUGCGCAAAACUACCAGGCUGUUAUUGUUGAUGGAGAAAAUUGCAGAGUUAAACGUUGGCCGUGGUUCGUCUGGUUCCUGCUGAAGUUCAUUGGGCUUUUCAACAACAGCCAAUGCAUUGUGAGGAGGAGUAAGUGUCCUUCAUGCCUCCUCUCAGCUCUUAAAGAGAAGGAACUGGGUAGUGAUGAGGGGCUCCUGUACCCGGGUGAGCUGGAGAGUAACGAAGAUGAACCAUUGGACCUGGCCAGCUUGAUGCGUAGUGACGCCUGUGUGGUGUGCCGGGGCGAAUGGUUUGACGGCAGGGGGAGGUUCCGGCCUUACACAGAGACUGAUAUCGGUGUUGAUAAUUGGAACCAUCGUGGAAGCACCAUACUCUCAAUCAUCUGGCCUUUGACCCUGCUUGCUCUUGUCAUUUAUGACUUUAGCUUCUACUUGAAAAACUACUGGGGGAAGCGAGAGCAGAUAAUACGCCUCAUCAGCUACUCAACAUUCUUACUCUUCACUGUUUCGACUCCUCUCUUAAGCGUCUUCACUAGUAUUUACAAUAUGAUGCGAGGUAGGCAGAGAAGUUUCUGUUGGUCUAGUGUACUCAAUAUAAGAUACAUUGUCAAACGCCUACAGUAUUUGGAACUGGUGGAGCAUGGCUUACCACACAAGCUCUUCAUUGCUGUGUGUUUGCUUUGGCCUUGUUUGAAUGGAGUGUACCGAAUGGUGAUUUUCUAUGACAUCGUCCAAUCCACAUCGGACGGGGUUCAUACACAAAUCUCUCUUGAUGUCGGCUUGGUGUGUAUGUUGGUGUUUGGUGCCUUCUGUUAUCUGAUGCUACUCCUGAGGAUCUCAUUUCAGAAGCAGCUUCAUCUAGAGUUGGCUUUCCUCCGGCGGCAUGAGGGAUCGCUUGAUGUAUGCAGACGUCGCCUGACCUUGUAUGCAGGUGAACUUGGCAGCAUGUCCAUGCUGGUGUUCAUCUGGAUCAUAUUCAUUGUUGCAGUGUCUACUUGGGGCUUCACAACGCAGAUAAGUUGGAACUACUCAAGGAUUAGCAAUACUACUGGUUCCACCUCACCUCGUCAGAGUAGGAUUCAGAACCAUCUUGAUUUCUUGAUCUGGUCGGAGGAUUUUAUGUUUCUGGCUCUUCCUCUUGUGGCAGUUGGUGGGAUAAAUUUGAACAGGUUGUGGAUGCAGCUGAAGCGAGGUAUUAGUCAGAUGAGGACCGUGCCGAAUGAAGACUUCUGGGAUAGAAUCAUGGUUUUCUGUCAGGAGCAGUCACCGAUGCGUAAAGUGAAGGUGCCAACUUUGAUGUUUUCUGCUUUAGGACUCAUUCUCGGUUUAAAAUUUGCAGACCAGAAUAUUGAUUAUUGGGGUGCGAAAUCUGAAAACCUGACCAAUGUGAACUUGAUAUAGAAGACGACUAUCAGAUGAACACCUGUAGUGUAAAUGUACCUUCAGGUACAAACUUCACAGACAUGAGGUAAAAGUAACCGCUAUUUCCCAAUAUUGCCUUGCGUCAAAUAACAUCCUGAGGUGUUUGUGGCGUGGUCUUGGUUGAGCGGUCUAUUGCUCGUCAAGCCCAGGCUUUGGUGUUGUCAACAGCAGAGUGUGGGUUUAAAUCCCAGUCGUUACACUGUGCCCUUGAGCAAGGCACUAACCAUAAUUGCUCCAUAAAAGGUUGGGAGGUAGUGUUCUGCUCUACCAGCCAAGCUCCUAGUGGACUGUACAGGGGUAACACUUUUUCAGUCCUGGGAGUAGGUGGCAAUGUGCCCAUGGAAACCCUUGCCUACAUCUUUAUGGACUGUAAAGGGGUACCACUUUUUCAGCCCCUAAAGAAGGUGGCAAUGUGCCCACGGUAACAGAUAAUUUGGGUUAACAGCCCAAAUCAGUUACCUGUUCUGUAACCCUCACCUAGUGACCACCAAGUCUUGUGAUGUUAGGCGGGCGAUCUCAUUUUAAAAAAAAACAGAUGGUGUAUUAAUCACAUACCUUUACUUUAUGGCACUAAAUACCAUCUUUUGGAGGAAAUACCAUCUUUUGGAUAUGUAGCUUAUUUGUACAGUAAAAGAGCAACUAAUCAGAAAGAGCAGUUGAAAAAUGCUUAAAGGCAGUGGACACUAUUGGUUAUUACUCAAAAUAAUUAUUGGCAUAAAACCUUAUUUGGUAAC